UGAGAGUAGCAGUGCGCAGGCGCCGUUCCCGGCUCCCAGCGGCGUGUUCCUCUUUCCCUGGGUUCCUAGUAUCCUGGACUGUGAGGGCUCUCACAAUCUGUCUUCCACGGCGACUCGCACUUUGUUCUAAGCUCUUGCCCCGCAGCCCUCCAGCUCUCGGGGCCGCUGCUCCGUCCUUCACGUCUCCACCGGCGACAGACCCAUGGCGGAGCGUGGGGAACUCGACCUGACCGGCGCCAAACAGAACACCGGAGUGUGGCUGGUCAAGGUUCCUAAAUAUUUGUCACAGCAAUGGGCUAAAGCCCCUGGGAGAGGUGAAGUUGGGAAACUGCGGAUUGCCAAGAAUCAAGGAAGGACUGAGGUGUCAUUUACUUUGAAUGAGGAUCUUGCAAAUAUUCAUGAUAUUGGCGGAAAGCCAGCUUCAGUCAGCGCUCCUAGGGAACAUCCAUUCGUCUUGCAAAGUGUUGGAGGACAGACCUUAACAGUAUUUACUGAAAGCUCAUCAGAUAAACUCUCAUUGGAAGGAAUAGUGGUUCAAAGAGCUGAAUGCCGACCUGCUGCCAGUGAAAACUACAUGAGAUUAAAGAGAUUGCAAAUUGAAGAAUCUUCCAAACCUGUAAGGCUAUCGCAGCAACUAGACAAAGUUGUAACAACCAAUUACAAACCUGUUGCUAAUCAUCAAUACAAUAUUGAAUAUGAAAGGAAGAAGAAAGAAGAUGGAAAGAGAGCUCGAGCAGAUAAACAACAUGUCCUAGACAUGCUCUUUUCAGCCUUUGAAAAACACCAAUAUUAUAAUCUUAAAGACUUGGUGGAUAUCACAAAACAACCUGUGGGAUACUUGAAGGAAAUCUUGAAAGAAAUUGGUAUUCAGAAUGUAAAAGGCAUCCACAAAAACACAUGGGAGCUGAAGCCAGAAUACAGGCAUUAUCAAGGAGAAGAAAAGAAUGAUUAGGAGGACCUUCAGACACAUGCAGAUGGAACAGCUUAAAGGCAGCUCUGCUGGAACAGCAUUCAUACCCGGAUGCUUGACCACCCCGUGUUAACAGGAGUAAAAUGACUGGUACUUUCAUUUUUCUCAGUGAAAUUUUUUUAACCUAAAAUUCUAUUAAGUAUCUUAAGUGGUUUUUUGAAAAGGAUAAAUUUAUUUAUAGACUUAACUUGUACUCAACCAUAUUAUUCACAGUGGGAAUAGGGGCUGGGGGAUUAAAAGGGCUUCUCUUUUUUUAAGUGUUAACUUUUGAAAUGUAACAUUAAGAAAUGUUUCCUAAACAUUUCUCUGUCCUUACUGUAUCUCUGAGGAGCUGAGGAAUUCAGAUCCAUAGUGAAUGGUAUAGCAGGGGGGAAAGGUCAAUUACAGAAACUAUUAAAAAGAAUUUAAAAACCGAA